AUGCCUCAGCCGGCGCGGGGCAUCGGUUCACCGCUCAGGUCGUCGACACUCCGCCGUCCUGCAAGCGUGUUUUCCGCCAGCACACCAACACCCUCUGCAGGCAGUCGGCAACUACAACAUGGGGGCCGAGCCAGCUUUGUCAGUGCCUUGCCAAACCUGAGCCAUCAUGGAGCCGUCGCUCGAAAACAUCUGGUGAAAGCUGGGGAUGCGCAAAGCGCGGAGGCGUCCAGCGAGCCCCGGCUCGCCACCGCCGAACUCGUUGGAGGUGCUUGCUUCUGGGGUCUAAUGUACUGGCUCUUCUUCAAGGCCGUUGCGCACAUCACCAAGUUGGUAGAGGCCAUCCCUGAGUUGGAGAUUGGCAGCUUCUUGGCCCUGAGCCUGAUCCCGCUCUUCUUGGUUCGGAGCUUCAGCUGCAUUGGACGGCUGGUGGAGCUGCAUGGGGCGCGCUGUCUGAGUCACGGUUCCCCAUCGAAUGAACACCUGUGA